AUGGUUCGCUGGGACGAGGACACGCGAAGACUGGUGGGGAAAGGCUUGGGCAAGAGGGGGAUUGUGCUCACAUGGCCUCAAGAACCUGUUGAAGGAGCACCACCACCGCCACCACUACCACCACCACUGCCAUCACCACUGCCACCAUCACCACCACUACCACCAACAGCAGCAGCACUACCACUGCCACAACCACCACCAGCACCAGCAGUAUCACCACCUCCACCACCACCACCACCACCACCAGCACCACCACCACCAGCACCACCACCACCAAUAACAUUACCAACACCACCACCAGCAACACCAGCACCAUCACCCGCACCAGCACCACCGGCAACAUCACUAACACCACCACCAGCACCAUCACCACCACCGGCACCAUCACCACCUCCGGCACCAUCACCACCACCGGCACCAUCACCACCACCGGCACCAUCACCACCACCGGCACCAUCACCACCACCGGCACCAUCACCACCACCGGCACCAUCACCACCACCGGCACCAUCACCACCACCGGCACCAUCACCACCACCGGCACCAUCACCACCACCAGCACCAUCACAACUACCAAUGCCACCGCCAUUGCCAACACUGCUGCCACCAACAUUGCCUCCAGCACCCCCGCUGCCACCACCAUCACCAGCAGCAGCAGCGGCAGCAGCAGCAGCCGCAGCAGCAGCACGGCUGCUGCGUAUAGUUGCUCGCCUUUCUUUACUCCUCCUCACCUUCUCCUCCGCAAUCACAAAGAACCUCCUGAGCUCCUCCUCCAUCUGCUCUUUAUAA